AUGGCAAUUGUGCCUGGAAAGUGUUCGGAGGCGGUUGCUGGUGGCGGUGGAGGAGGAGGAGCUGGUGGUGCGACCUUUUCAUCUACCAUGAACAACGACGGAGGAAUCACGGGAAAAGGUAUCAUGUUGUUUGGAGUUAGAUUGAUGGAAGGCGGUGGUGGAGGAGGAGGAUCAUCGUUCAGGAAGAGCGCUAGCAUGAAUAAUUUAGCUCAGUUCGAUGAACAACCUCAGGAUUCUAACGUCGAUGCCGUUGGAUAUGCCUCUGACGACGUCGUUCAUCCCUCGGCUCGGAGUCGCGAGCGGAAGAGAGGAGUACCGUGGACGGAGGAGGAACACCGUCUGUUUUUGGUCGGGUUACAGAAGGUAGGGAAAGGAGAUUGGAGAGGAAUUUCAAGGAACUUCGUGAAAACACGAACGCCGACUCAGGUGGCUAGCCACGCUCAGAAGUACUUUCUCCGACGGACCAACCACAAUAGGCGACGCCGGAGAUCCAGCCUAUUUGACAUUACCACGGAUACGUACAUGAAUUCGUCAAUGGAUGAUGAUCAAAAGCCGCGGCCACCACCACCAAGUCUAAAACAUGAGUUGGAAAAAUAUCCAAUCUCAUCAACUUUUCCGGCAGGCAGGCUACAACUCAGCGGCAAUGGAGAUCAUAAUAUCCCGAUAGAGAGCCUGACACUUGGACGUAAAGCAGCAAUUAGCAAGAGCUCGGGAAAUCCCAUGCCUCCAAUCCCCCCCAUACCCCCAUCUAUGAAAAUGGCGAAACUCAAUCUAAGCGCCGCAGAUGAUCAUCAACCACCAUUACCCUUAACGCUAAACCUCUCGACCUCAACAUCUUCUGACCAACAAUCAUCAUCAUCGUCAUCGUCAACUGCAAGACACACGCUGACCAAUUUUCAAGAAAUAUCGGGUAACUUUAAUAGCAGCAAUGGGGAUAGCAUUAUUAGUGUUGCAUGA